GCAUCAUUUUGGACUAAAAACAUGUGGAGCUGAUCGAGUUUUGUGUUUCAGGUGGAGGUUUUUGCGGUGCACAUAUAUUUUAUUGAAAGGAUAAAAAUAAAAUGACGAAGAAUAAGAAUUCUGACUUAAAGAGUAAUAAUGUGAAGGGAAAUGUGUUGGAGAAAAGUAAAACAAUUAAAAAGGAUAAGAAAAAAAGCAUCGAAGGUAAGAAGAAGUUACAGCAAACCGUAACGAAAAAAGCUGAGAAGCCCAAGACUGCUGCCACAAACGGAAAUACUGAAGCAGGUGCUCUUGUUAAACACAAGAAGCCAAAGAAGUCCAAACAAAAUAAGGAAGCAACUGAUUCACCUGCAAAGAAGAAUAGUGGUAACAAAGCCUUGGGAGUAAUCGAAAAGAAAAAUGCUAAAAAAUUGGCUAAGAAAUUAAAAAAGCAAGCAAAAAAGGAGGAAGCUGUGAAAAAGACACUAGAGGAAAAAGACAAUGCAAAGAAUUUAAAGUCAAAGUCUGAUAAUAAAGAACCAAAAGAACAUGAUCCAAUCGAAGCUGCAUGCACCAUAUUUGUCGGCAAUUUACCCGUGAAUACAAAGCGCGCUCAAUUAGUCCGUCUGUUUAAGGAUUAUGGACCGGUUAAUGGUGUUCGGUUUAGAACCGCCAAUGGGAAAGUUCUAUUUAGACAUAAACACCGAAAAGAGGCAGGCAGUCUAAGCGCUUGGAUAGUACUCAAAGAUGCAGAGACAGUAACACGUGCAUUGGCCUUAAAUGGAACCGUUUUCAAAAACAAUCACUUACGUGUGACACGUGGAAAUGAAAAGAGUAGUUCUAUGGAUACGAAACGUACAAUUUUUGUCGGCAACCUUAAAUACAGUGCCAAUGAAGAGAAGCUACGUGAAAUAUUUUCCUCUUGUGGUGACAUUGAAUACGUGAGGUGUUUAAAUGAUGAUAAAGGAUGUAAAGGUGUGGCAUAUGUUUGUUUUAAAGCUCCGGAAGCUGUAGGUUUGGCAUUGGAACUUAAUGAAACAAUGCUAGAUGAACGUCCAAUUCACGUUGAACGAUAUUCUAUUAAAAAAUUGGGUGCAAAGAAAACAAGAGAUGUAGCAGAGAAAGAGAUUAAAAAUAAGUCAGCCGGUGGAAAGAUUCAGAAGGACAAAAAGAAACUUAAAGGCGAUAACUCACAAACAAAAAAAGUUGCUGACACAAGCAAAAAAUCCAAGUUUCGUGGUGUCAAAGUCGAAGGUGCGCACGUAAAAAAGCAAAAGAAAAAAGUGACAAGCCAAAUGCAAAAAUUAGCCAAGAAGAUUGCGCCGAAGGAAAAAGCUUAAUCGUAUGAUCGCAUCGUAGUUUAAAAAAAUACAAGCAAAAUUUGUAUUUUACAGUUAUUAAAGAGUACAAUUUAUGAAUACUA